CGGUCCCUGUGCGGGACACACGCGCUGCGGCGAGUCGAGGGGGCGGUGAAAAGCUCGAGUGGGCAAUCGCCGCGGCCCCACGCAGCAGUGAGGCGCGUCCGGGAGCCGCUCGGUGCCCCGGCUACCGCACACCUGCUGCUCUGUACGCACACGCCCGACCCCGGCAGGGUCCGCACCCGCUGCCCUGGCGAGACCGCCCCGCGCCCGGCCAGCCUCAGCUGUCCAUCUUCGCCGGAGCCAGCCAAUCACCCGCCUCCGCCCCGGCCGCACCUCCCGGGAUCUAUGAUGGGCGUGGGGAGCAGCCUAUGAGGUUGGGGAUCCGGCCGCCCGGGCAGGGAGCGGGAGCCAAUGGGAGUCUUCUCAGAGGCAAUUGCUCUUGGAUCCCUCUGUUUACAAUGGCACAGAGAACUGGACUGGAAGAUCCAGAGAGGUAUCUCUUUGUGGACAGGGCUGUCAUCUACAACCCUGCCACUCAGGCUGACUGGACAGCUAAAAAGCUAGUAUGGAUCCCAUCAGAACGCCAUGGCUUUGAGGCAGCUAGUAUCAAAGAAGAGCGGGGAGAUGAAGUCAUGGUGGAGUUGGCAGAGAAUGGCAAGAAAGCAAUGGUCAACAAAGAUGACAUUCAGAAGAUGAACCCACCUAAGUUUUCCAAGGUGGAGGAUAUGGCAGAAUUGACAUGCUUGAAUGAAGCUUCUGUCUUACAUAACCUGAAGGACCGUUACUAUUCAGGACUUAUCUACACUUAUUCUGGACUCUUCUGUGUGGUCAUAAAUCCUUAUAAGAAUCUUCCAAUUUACUCUGAGAAUAUCAUUGAAAUGUACAGAGGGAAGAAACGCCAUGAGAUGCCACCACAUAUCUAUGCUAUAUCCGAAUCUGCAUACCGAUGCAUGCUUCAAGAUCGUGAGGACCAGUCAAUUCUUUGCACGGGUGAAUCAGGUGCCGGGAAGACAGAAAAUACCAAGAAAGUCAUUCAGUAUCUUGCUCAUGUUGCUUCUUCACAUAAAGGGCGAAAGGACCACAACAUUCCUGGGGAACUUGAACGUCAACUUUUGCAAGCAAAUCCAAUUCUGGAAUCAUUUGGAAAUGCGAAGACUGUGAAAAAUGAUAACUCAUCUCGUUUUGGCAAGUUUAUUCGCAUCAAUUUUGAUGUUACUGGUUAUAUUGUUGGGGCCAACAUUGAAACAUGAAUCCUUUUUCAUAAUUGUAUAAUC